AUGGGAGACCUUAUGAAAAGACAGUUCAGCAUCUUAGAUUUAUCUGGAAAGAAAUUUCUGGAAUGGAAAGUGGAUGCAAUGAUGAAUUUGAAAGCUCAAGGUUUGGAGCACACUGUUAAAGAAAAUAAAAGUCCCUCUGGUCAAACAACUGAUACUACCACUUCUGCAAUGACUGUUGCAAAACCUGCUACUGAACAAGAUAAGGCAAAAGCCUUAGUGUUGUUAAGGCAUCAUUUACAUGAAGGCCUUAAAACUGAGUACAUGAUGGUUGAAUAUCCCAAAGAAUUAUGGGAUUGCCUUAAUGAAAGAUUUGGACACCACAAAAGGGUGCUCCUGCCUAAGGCAUUAUUUGAUUGGACAAAUUUACGGUUCCAGGAUUUCAAAUCUGUAAUUGAUUAUAAUUCAACCAUACAUGAGAUAGUGUCUAUAUUGAGAUACUGUGAUCAUCCAGUUACGGAUGAACAGAUGAUUGAAAAAACACUCACUACCUUUCAUGCAAGCAACAUACUGUUGCAAGAACAGUAUCGUGAAAGAGGUUUUAAAAGGUUCAAUGAAUUAAUGAGUAUAUUGCUUGUUGCGGAACAAAAUAGUGAACUUUUGUUGAAAAAUCAUAACCUGAGAUCAACUGGGUCUUUGGCCACUCAUCAUGAGAAGGGACAGUCAUCUGGAAGCCACAAACAAACUCCUUUGAAAGGAAAAGACACAUGUUACAGAUGUGGCAUGACAGGACAUUGGGGACGUACUUGUCGAACGGCCAAACAUUUGGUAGACCUUUACCAGGCUUCUGUAAAAGGCAAAGAGAAAAAUGCAGAAGCAAAUUAUGUUAAUGAGGAAAAUGCUCCUUGUCCCAGCCUUGAUGUGUCUGAUUAUUUCAUGGAUAAUGCUGAAAUUGGAAAUGAUUUCAUUCUUGGAGAAAACAACAAUACUUAG